AUGAGCAUCGGCAGCUGCUGGUUCUUCGGCUGGAUCAUAUGCAUCGUAAUCGCCGCCUGCAUGACCCGCGACACCGAGUCACUCCUGGGCUCUCCAUUCGGUCAACCUAUGGCGCAAAUCUACUACGACGCCCUCGGGAAAAAUGGCGCGCUGGGCUUCAUGAGCCUCCUCUUCAUCGUGCAGUUCCUCAUGGGUCUGUCCAUCCUCGUAGCCGUCAGCCGCCAAAGCUGGGCCUUUUCCCGCGACGGCGCACUCCCCUUCAGCUCCUUCUUCCGUCGAGUAUCACCCCGCCUAUUCAUCCCUAUUCGAGCAGUAUGGGGAUGCGUGCUCGUUGCUUGUGUGCUAGGGUUACUCUGCCUGAUUGCUCCGGCUGCGGCAUCUGCGCUUUUCUCCCUCGCUGUGGCAGCAAAUAACGUCGCCUGGGGCACCCCGAUCCUCUGCCGUCUCAUCUGGGGCCAGAAAAAAGUUCAAGCCCGGGCCAAUGCAAGGAAGUGGUUUACCGGACCGAGGAUCACGCUUAGUGAGGAGAUUCUCACGGAGGAGCAACAAAAUGCGAUCCGAGAGGAGGGCUUGCAGAUUGAGAGUGUUCCUGCUACGCCCGAGAGUGUUCAUGCAGGGGCGGAGAAGGGAGACCACAUUGAGACGAAGAUCUGA